UACCUUGUGUACACCUAGAUUCUGUCUGUUUCUACAAUCGAGGGAUAAGGAAUUACUGUCAAUAUGAUUUUGAUAAUUAAAGGCAGAAUAUGAAGUAUGAUGAAUUUAUCGAAUGGGAAAACGCACGUCCGAAUCUGACGUAUUAACUGCGGCACUACUAUACGAUACGGGCACGCUGCACAGUAGGUACUCAAAAUCAUGUUUUUGUGGGCAUUUGGAUCAUUAUAACUUUAGAUUUUAUCGGUGCAUGUUUGUGUUAUAGCGUAUAACCAUUCAUCAACAUGGGAUCUUCAAAGAAACACAAAGAAAGAGACCGUGAGCGUGAACAUAAGCGCAAACACAAGCACCGAUCUCGCAGUAGGUCGCGCUCUCCAAGAGAAAAGAAACGGCGGCAUCGGGACCGAUCUCACUCCAGAGACAAGGAAACUGGGUAUAGCAAGGAUGUUGAGGGAAGAUCUGAAAUAUAUGAAGAAGAGUUAAAGAUUAAAGAAGAGCCCUCUGAUGAUAUUAAGCCAAAAAGCAGCGGAGGCGACAUUUCUCUUAGUAUAGAAGAAACAAAUAAAUUAAGAGCUAAACUAGGCCUGAAGCCUUUGGAAGUUCCAGAUGAAAAUGAACCCAAAGAGGAAAAAGAAUCCCUUAAGGAUGAUAUACAUAAACCUGCUGGAAAUAUUGCACAGGCCCAAAUGACAGAAAAAUUGAAGGAGAAAUUGGCUGUCAUUAAAGAAAAAAGGCGAAUAAAUAUGCAGUUAGGAAAAGUCAAAACAUUAGGGGAGAGUGACUCUGAUGAUGAAUCUGCAGCCACUUGGGUUAAGAGAAACAGGAAAGAUGCAGAGGAAAAAAAGAUGGCCGAGAAAAGGGCUAAGAUGCUAGAAGAAAUGGAUGCAGAGUUUGGUAUUGGUAACCUUGUGGAAGAGGAGUUUGCACCUCUCAUGAACAAGGGAAAGGAAUACACAUCCAGGGAUCUCAAAGGUAUCAAGGUUGAACAUGGAAUGGGUUCAUUCAAAGAAGGAAAAGCUGUUAUUUUAACAUUAAAAGACAAAGGCAUACUUGAUGAAGAUGACGAAGGUGAUACUCUUGUGAACGUGAAUAUUGUUGAUGAUGAAAGGUCAAAAAAGAAUGUAGAAAAUAAGAAGAAGAAACCUGAUUAUAAGCCUUGGGAUGAGCCAGAGUAUGAUGAAUAUGGCAUGUUGAAGACUACCAAUAUAUUAGAUAAAUAUGACGAAGAAAUUGAUGGAGAAAAGAGGGAUGCUUUCACACUUGGCUCUGGUGGAAAAUAUGAUGGAGAGCAUGAGAAGAACAUGGAAAAAAUUAGAGCACAGCUUCGUCAGCAAGGGCAAUCUCUUUCUCUAGCUGCUCCAAAUAUAGCAAGUGAAUAUUAUACUCAGGAAGAAAUGAGAUGA